GCUUUUGACCGGCACUUACAGGUAGUGAUAAAGAAGUCCAAGCGUGAGAGUAAGAGUGACAGUGACGUGGGAUAUAGCGCACCAGCAUAUCAGCACUCCGCACAGUCGGAGAAGCAACUAUCUCCUGAACAGAAGCAGCGAGCGAGCAUGAACAAGAUGCUGGCUGCUGGCAAGCUGCUGGCGAGAAAAACUCAUGGCGUGCUAUCGGGCGUGGGACCUUCGUGGCAGAUGGCGCUUGAAACAGAAUUUUCAAAGCCGUAUUUCCUGAAGCUGUGCGAAUUUGUUGAGAACGAAAGAUUGACGCACACUGUCUAUCCAUCUGCCGGGCAAGUCUUCACAUGGACCAACAUGUCUGACAUCAGUAACAUCAAAGUUGUGAUACUAGGGCAGGAUCCAUAUCAUGGUGCAGGCCAGGCACACGGUCUCUGCUUUAGUGUACCGCAUGGCAUACAACCACCACCAAGUUUGCAAAACAUAUUCAAAGAGCUAUCAACAGACAUUGAGGGAUUCUCCCAUCCAGGACAUGGAAAUCUGAGUGGGUGGGCUGAGCAAGGCGUGCUGUUGCUGAAUGCUGUGCUAACAGUUCGUGCAGCCAGCGCUAACUCUCACAAGGACCGGGGCUGGGAGAUACUGACAGACGCUGUCAUUGCCUGGCUCAACUCCCACCUCACCAGCGUCGUCUUUCUCCUCUGGGGAGCCUACGCGCAGAAGAAGGGCGCCUGUAUAGACAAGAAGAAGCAUCUAGUUCUCUCAGCCCCUCACACCAUCGCACUCUCCGCUCAUGCGUGGAUCCUCGGAUGUCGCCACUUUUCCGCAACCCAGUGGCUGCAAGAGCACGGCAAGGAGCCAAUCGACUGA